CCGCACUUUUUGACAACAGAAUAUAACCUAACCUCGAUAUAUAAUUCUCAAAAAAUUUUUGAUUUUCAUACAGGUUAUUUAUUUAUCAAGUAAUAAUAAAAAAUAUAAAUUUGACUGUAAAUAUGGCAUAACAAACAUGGUAAUAAAGGAUCAAAUGCCAAGUAAAUGCAAGCUGCACUUCCAAUUGUAUAGAAUUGAUAGAAAGCAGUGGUCCAGUAGACAGCUGGUUGUGAAUAAUUAUAUGGAAACCAUCCUUGAUAUAACAAAACAUCCGGUGGAUUCAUCAUAAAUAUGUGACCCGUGGAAUACCAUGCCGUUGAAAUUAUAAAUGUCAAGGGAUAAUAUGAAAUAAUAUAUCUUUAUAAGGUAAUAGAUCUCUUGGAAAAUAUGAGAUUUCAUUGCUAUUGACAGUCUCACCAAUUGAGUGAGAAAAAAUCAAAACGAGAGUGAACAUAAUCACGGUGAAGAUGGGAAGAAUAGACACUCACUGUUUCAUUACUUAUUAUGUGAUUGUUGUAAUCGUGACGAUUGCAUGUCUUCGUGUUUCGUGUGGGUUCAAGGUCGAGGAUAAAAAUACACAGUUCAACGAGACUGAAAGCAAUGAAGUACAUGGACUCGACAAAUUAAAUGACAUACGUGAUUCUUCUCUCAAUAAUAUACUAGCUGAUAUUCCAGAAGAUGUAACUGUUAACUGGAAUGAUGAACAAUCAAAUCUCAAUGACGAUUUUCACCCUCAUAAUAUGAAAGACAAACCUACGAAAUUUGAUUCAGAUAUUUCAGAAAUGAUCUAUAUGGACACUAAUUCAUCAAAAGAAUUAGAAAAAAAUAUAAGUAAUAGCUCUAAUCAAAUACGAAAAAAUUCUGAAACUUCUAAGAAUUCUUGCAGAAGUGGAGCAGUAAUAGAUUGCCUGGAAAAAAAUGUGGGAAUUUUAAUUGAUAAUAUAUCAAAAAAAGAGGCUUUAAAUAUUACUGAAUCGAUACAAAUAGUCAGAAGUGCUGAUACACUUCCUAAUAAUGAUACUGAGAGUUUAUUUGAAAAAGUUCGUAGGUUUGCAAAAAGUCAUAUAAUGGAAAUAAAAUUGAACAAGGAUAUUUUCACUCGGUCUCCAAGAACUUUCUUUGGUACAUUCGGCCUGAAGAAACUGCUCCUGCCAUUGUUUAUAGGUGCCCAGAUAAUUAAAAGUAUCUUGAUAGCUCUUUUCUUACCCAGUAUUCUUGGAAGUAUUGGUCAGAUCGUUGGAAAAGGUGUUUCAUCAUUUGCUCAAUCUUCACAAGGUGCUACCGCUCCACCAGAAGAAAACUUCGAGUUUAAGGAUAAUGCCGAUCCCUAUAAUGAUGAUUAUAUGACACGACAACCACUUGGCACUUUGCCGGCUCCUGAGAUGUAUGAUGAAAGCAUGGCGAUGCAACCAGCAACAAAACCAAAUUCUAGAUAUUCUUAUGUUGAUUCUCGACUAUCACCAGCAGCAUUAGACGAUAAAUAUUACACUAGAAUGUUAGUUAAUUCUGCAAUGAAGAAACAAAACUUUAAGAUAUUCCACAAUAUACCACCAGAUGUGUACAUGUUCAAGAAUUACGAUCCAUUUUAUUCACCACUUCUAUCAAGAUUAGAUGCAGUUUUUGCACGUUUAGGUUAUAUAACUGAAGGAUGUCGUGAGUACGCAGUAUGUGCGAUGUACAGAAGUCCAGCACGAUAUGCUCCAUAUUCUAAUCUUAUUUCCGCACAAUUAUCGAAAGAAUUAAAUGAGCUGAGAAAACCAGCAAACGAUAACCCGGACAUUUUAAGAUUCUUCAGGUAUAUGAAGGCAGCAACAGAUGGACAGGAUGGCGUGAGGUGUGAAACAGCAUACACUGAUUGUAAUAUUCCUCGAGAUGACCCAAGCCUGAAGCAAAAUCAGGCAAUGUUGGCAACGUACCAGGAUAUUGAUAAAUUAGUACAUGCAAGGAAAUUGUAAAGAACAUUUAAAACUGAUUUUAAUGCCAGAGAUAAUAUUCCGUUGAUGAUAAGUAUAAUUUCUAUACCAACUUAAAGAUCAACAUCCUCUAUUCAACCUCAGGAUGACUAAAUUGUCAUCUGUUCCUUGAGAAGAUGAAAAAAGAAAAACAAAUGGGAACUUCACCGAUACAUAUUAUUGACAAUCUCUGCAAAAAACCUUUCCGAUGAACAUUCAUCAAUGAAUGAAUAUUAAACUUUUCCCGGUAGAACCGGAACAAACAUGUUGAUUUAACAAUGAUGAUAUUUGUUGAUAGUUGAAGAGGAAUAUCAUGGAAUUGUAUUAAA